AGUUUCCGUCAACCGCCACCGCUUCUCAGUUUCUCCAAGGAAUAGGAAGAAGGGCAGUAACAUCCGUCGGAUACAGAGGGAUUGUGUUCACGAGUAUAUAUAAUAUGGAUUUAAACCUAGUGUAAUCACAAAACAGCUCUGAGUCCAAGUCGGGAACUUUUAAACGCGAUAGCGUUUCCGUUGUAGGAUAGUAUCAAACAUGGCAGCGUAGUCUUCGUCCACCAUUGGAUUUAAAGCGGGAAAGAGACGUUUAGAGAAGUUAACGUCAGUGACUGAGGAAGUUCAUUACAGCUGGUUAAACAGCUGCAAAAACCGACUUUUCAUGGACACACCGUGCUGACAAACAUGCCGACACAGUCCUUGUGUCGUCUGUUAACGUCAGCUCACGAUAUAAUGUAGCGAUAGUCGAGCAAAGCCGCUAACCGACAAAGCUGUCUGUCGAGAGACGGUGAGACGAUUUUCAAAGUUACUGAACAAACAGGGACUUCCUGCUGAGGGCAAGAAAACAUUUGAUCAAUGAAAGAGAAUAAAAUGAAGCCAAGACGCAACCAGAGGCACACAGCACCCACCUGGCAAGGGAAAGGUGUCGGUGCUGCUGGUGACAAGGCAAAACCGAGCCAAGCUAAGCCAGCUCUGCUCAUGUCACCUCCUGCCCAAGUCAAACCUUUUGCCGGCAAAGUGUUUUACCUGGAUCUGCCGUCAAACCGAACAGCAGAGACGUUAGAGAGAGACAUCAAAGAACUGGGAGGGACUGUUGAGAAGUUCUUCAGUAAGGAAAUUAAGUAUCUGGUAUCCAACAAGAGGGAGGCUAGAUAUGUGCAUUGCCUCAGGCAGGACUCUCCUGUCCCCAGCCCAGACUCCGGACAGAGUUCACCUCACCCUCGCUCAAAGCCGCACCGACCUGGCGACCAUGGGGACAACAUAAAGGGCCAAACCGACACAUUUGUCACAAGUCGAGGGAAGUCUUUGGUGGAGAGAGUGGUGAAAGAGCAGAAGAGGGUACAAAUGAACAAGAUCCUGUCAAAUGCCCUGGAGUGGGGUGUGAAAAUCCUCUAUAUCGAUGAUAUAAUGGCAUAUGUUCAGAAGAAAAAGAAGGUUGUAAGCAGCCAGCGUCCUGCCACCACUGCUGUCAAAACAAGUGUCAAAGCUGAGUCAGUAGCAAAACAAGGCUUUCAGAAAUGCAAAGGGGGUCGGAUCAGUAAACCUUUCGUCAAGGUUGAGGAUUCAAGCAGACACUACCGUCCAAUCUACCUCACCAUGCCAAACAUGCCUGAGUUCAACCUGCAGAGUGUUGCUCCUGGUAGUCCCUUCUGUGUCGAGGACAAGGAUCCUCCUGGGAACAAACAGCGGGGACACAGUGAGGAGAGAGCAAACGGCCGAAAGAAGAACAGAGACAAGAAACGAAGUGGCUACUGCGAGUGCUGUAUGAUCAAAUAUGAAAACGUCACAGCGCAUCUACAAAGUGAACGUCACAAGACUUUCUCCAAGAGUGACAAAUACUUGUCAGUGGAUAAACUGGUGUCAACCCUGCACUGCAACUUCAUUCACAUCAGAACCCAAGUUAAAAGACGAAGGUGCAGCGUUUCCUCUGUUCUGAUUGCUCCUGGACCAUGUGGGGAAACUGAGCUAAGACACAGGGGAGAUCUCAAUACCACAGACAUUAUUAAAGAAGAGCAGCACCGGACCGUCGAUGGGCACGAGGGAUCUUAUUCAGGACACACUUCAAAAAUCGGAUCACUUCCUGCUUCUCCUCCUCUGAUUCACAGAGAGGGGGACAGGAGGAGCUGUAACACUCACUCAGACAGUUCCAAACACAAAUAUCUCCCAAAUCAACGUCCAUGCAGACAGAACUCAUCGACUUCAAAGACUCAAAGAGCUCGGCAAGCUCGAAGUCUUCAGCCUGAGAUGGAAACAGCACCCUCUGGAGGUCUUACCAUUGUUCCCUCCAGAGUUCCUCAGACUGACACAGUGGACCAAAUAAUAACUGACUACAUGAAUAGCUCAACUUCACAAAAUAUGAAUGUACAGACUGAUGUUUCCUUAAAAAGCCUCAACGCUGUAACAAAUCAGCAAGAGUCUGUCAGGAAACAGAAUUCCUCAGUGCUUGAGGCUGUUCAGGACGGAAACGCAUCACCCAACAAAAUGACUGAAAACAACUUCUCAGAAAACGAAGAAGCAAGCGUUCCUACACAAAGCACGUCUCCUGUUCGGAAAAUACAGAGGAGGGUCAGAGUUUAUAAACGCAAAAGACGGAAAGUGGACCCACACGUUGAGCAUACAAGGCAAAGUCUGGACAACUCGUUGAUAAGACUUGGGGAGAUUUUUCAGUCAAGUGAUGACAUGGAUGUGGAAUUUCUGGGGUUUGCAGACGAGGAAGGGACAAAUGAACUGAAGGAAUAAACUGGAAUAUUAUUGUCUUUUCCAAUACUGUCCCCAUAACACAUUCUGUGCCAUGGAUGGCUUAUUUGUGACUUUCUUUACAUUCUUCUGAUUCAUAUCAGAUGAAAGGCAGCUGUUGAUGUUCUGUGGCAUUUUGUUGUUGAAACACCUUGAAAUAGGUAAACCAGCGUACGAUGAUACUUCUACUUCUCAUUACCGUGGCUUUUACACAUCUCGUGCUGCCAAAAUUGGUAUUUUGGUAACUUGGUAUUUAUAUUCUAAACAACACACUGUCAAAGUGGACUGGAAGAAAUAUAUUAAAAACCAUCAUUAAGAAGGGACCGUGUGUAAGACAGUUGUGUUGCAGUAAUCUGUGGAUCUUAAACCAGAUAUUACAUUACCAAACAAAUGUAUUUUUAAAUAAUUUUUAGACGGUUGAUAUCCUUUAUUGCCACUUUAAAGUCUAUGUAAUAUAUCAUAGUGCAUAUGAGCAUCAAAUUGAGGGAAUAAGGCAGCUUUAUUCAUAAUAUUUUACACAGUAAUCUAGAGAAAGAUUACUUGAACCUUCCCAGUCACGAGGAACAGAUUGUUUUCAUAUAUAAAAUCCAUAAAGUGGUUGCAUAUGUAUUUAAAUGUGAAGUACUCGCUUGACCUUUUCUAUAUGACAUUUUAGGAUUCUUCGUAAGUGCACUUCUCAUGACCUGCCUUGUGCUUCUUUUUCGUUCCUGAUGCAUUAGCUCUCCCUUUUUCCCUGCAUUUAGUGCAUUAGCAUAGUGCCCUUGUUCUCCCUCGUGCUCUCAAAUGGAUGCACUAGGUCAAGUGGGAGUCUCUGUGCUACUGGCAUUAAGACGAAGAUGAGCAACAAUGUGUUCCAAGACACAAGCACAGAAAUACUGCGAAUAAAAAGGCAGCACUGAAUGCUGGCACUAUUGUCAUUUUUUGCACCUCUAAUACAGAUUAUAACCUGACUGUGCUUUUAUAAUCAUAGUGUACAAACUGUUCCUGCCUCACACAUGAGACUUGUAAGCCAUUAAACAUUAAAGGUCUGUCCAU